AUGGAUUCGAAACUUGAAGAAAACCUAAAUCCUGAAGAAGAACAAAACCCCCUCGCGAUUAUCCCUUCUUCUCUACCCAUCGCCUCCAUUUCUCUAUCAUUAUCACUGUUUCCCACAUUCAACCAAUUUCUCAUCAAUCCCAGAUUCACUCGCCUCUUUUCUCACCAUCCAAACAAGGUUAAGAUCCCCACUCAAGCCUCUUACCUCACCCACCUCUCUCUUUCUUCGGUCUCUCCUUCUCCUCUACCUUCCAGAGUCUCCUUCAAAUCUACCAUCGCCGCAAACCCGCUCCAAUCCCCUCUCUCAAUCGUCCCGCGUCGUCCCUCCGAUCCUUCCUCCGCCGCCGCUCUCCGGCGCGCCGCCGUCGUAUGGUUCCGAAAUGACCUCCGUGUCCACGACAACGAGUGUCUCACCUCCGCCAACGAGGAAUGCGUCUCCGUUCUGCCCGUCUACUGCUUCGACCCCAGAGACUACGGCAAAUCAUCCUCCGGUUUCGACAAAACGGGCCCUUUCCGUGCCCAGUUUCUGAUCGAGUCCGUUACGGAGCUCCGGAAGAAUCUCCAGGCGAGAGGGUCGAACCUGGUCGUCCGGGUCGGGAAACCCGAAUCAGUUCUGGUGGAAAUGGCCAAGGAGAUCGGAGCCGACGCGAUAUAUGCGCACAGGGAAGUGUCUCAUGACGAGGUUAAAGCGGAAGGGAAGAUAGAGACGGCGAUGAAGGAGGAAGGCGUUGAAGUCAAGUACUUUUGGGGAAGCACUCUGUACCAUUUGGACGACUUACCAUUCAAAAUUGAAGAAUUGCCGUCAAAUUACGGAGCUUUCAAGGACAAAGUCCAGAAACUGGAGAUUAGGAAGACAAUCGCAGCUCUUGAUCAGUUGAAAAGAUUGCCCGCUCGAGGAGACGUAGAGCUUGGCGAGAUUCCUUCUCUCUUGGAUCUCGGCAUCAACCCGAGUGCUAGAACCAGCCAGGAGGGGAAACCGACAAUGGUAGGAGGAGAGACAGAGGCGUUGACUAGGCUAAAGAGCUUUGCGGCGGAUUGUCAAGCUCGACUGAGCAAGGGGAAUCAGAAAGGAUGCAAUAACAGUGUGUUUGGUGCAAACUUCUCGUGCAAGAUAUCACCUUGGUUAGCCAUGGGAAGCAUCUCUCCUCGUUCCAUGUUCGAUGAGCUCAAGAAAACCAUCUCUGCUUCAGUUACCACCCCCUCAACUCCAAGGAACGGACCGGGGGAUACAGGACUCAACUGGUUAAUGUAUGAGUUGCUAUGGAGGGAUUUCUUCAGGUUUAUAACCAAGAAGUACAGCUCUGCGAAGACGCAGGUCGAGGCUGCUCCUGCUACAGCCUGUACCGGCGCUUUUGCUUAA